UAAUUUAGACUAUGUAAAAAUUGGCGGUGCAAAUUCAAAUCUACAAAAUAAUCGUCCAAAUAUGGCUGAACCAAAGAGGUGAACCAAUCAUAAGCUCGUGGCGUUUGUGGUCUGCAGUAGCUCACUUGGUCUCACCUUUGCAAGUGCUUGUGGCAGAUUUCAUAAUUCUUCGAUUCGUUGAUUUCUGUGUCUCUGAUGAGAUAAAAAAGUACCACAGUUGAUCGAUUGUGCUUUGAUAACAGAAUUGGUGCAGCCGUAACGUGUGCAGUUUGUGAAACACAGUGAUUCAAAUUUGGAAAAAUUCCAUUUUUCUUCUCUCACUCACCAAAAGUAUAAGGGCUUUUUGCCUAACCUCCUAAUAUCAUUUCAAGGUCUCAAAUUGGAUGUAGAGAUUGUUUUUUUUUUUCUACAUACCUUGAUGGCUUGUUAAUUGCUGUAAGUAGAUGGGCUUGGCUAGCUAGUCGGUUCUUGGUCAAGUAAUAUGCCUGGUGGAAGGCGUAACCCUGGAGGACGUUCCAACAAUAGCAGUCGGCCUCAAGUUAACAAUUCUAGUCUUACAACCCAUGGCGGAAUCGGAAACCCAAACAGCUUUGUUGGACUUGAUGAAAAAAAGCUGGGAGAAACCUGGAUUGGAAGACCGCUUGCACCUAAGCAUGUACCUAUACCUGUUGUUCCUAUUGAUGGACAGCUAUCGUUUGAAGCUCUAUCCUUGGGUAUAUCAACAGUUGCUGUUGGACUACAAUUACUUAAUUUAUACAGAACGGUGUGGUGGCUGCCACAAUCAUACAAUGAAUAUACCAUGAAUUUCUAUCUGAUAGACCCGUAUCUACUAGGUUUCAUUGGCACAAUGUUAGUACGUCGCCUAGUUUAUGCGUUGCUGCGAAGGCUGGUCGACAGUGUUGCGCCAGUACGUUGGCUGCCCAUAGCCCAGCGAAUAAUGAGGAUAUUUCUGCUAUUUGUUAUCCUAGGGGUUCUUUGUUGGUGUCUCUACCACAUGAGUGAAAAUCAUAAUCCAAUGAAGGUGUUCUACCUCUGCUACCCGAGUAUAUCGGUAUACUUUCUGAUGUUUGGUGUGAGCAUAGGGCCAUUCUUUGACAUCUCUACCACUCCUCUAUACAUCAAGGAGGAUCGCAAAACAAAGUACCUGCUUGGCCUUGAUGAUUGCGCAGAUAAGCCAUUGCAUAAUUGUUCCCUGAGCGCACCUACCAUUAGAGCAGAAGUCUUGAGUUUGAGAUCCGACUUCAACAGGCGUCUAAAAAGAGCUCUAUUUGCAUCUUCUGGGACUGCCUAUGUCUGUGGUAUUGCUCCAAUCAUAUUUGUUCCUCCUCAUCUACAUUUCAAUGUCUCCUGGGUCGUUCAGCAUAUUGUACUGUUUUGGCUCGGUAGACUCAGUGCACACUUUGCUCAGGCGUAUCCUGUGAGAUAUUGUGAUGUGCUACAUAGAGCUGCCCUUCAUCUUGGAAGAUGGACUAAAGUUGAAGGUCGGAAUAAUCAUAUACCAACUCAAUUAUGGAAUGAUUCGGUUUUAUGGCCACAUGGUUCCCUUGUAAAACACAACAAAGAGCUGUACCGAUCAGAAGGCUUGUGCACCGCUGCUGAGCCUGGAAACUCCAGUCAUUACAGGUUUCAUGCCCUGUUCAGUAAUCCAACAAUGCUGAUUUGUUCUUUACUCGGACUCCAAUUAGCACUGGUUGUUAUACAAUUGCUGGUUCUUUUGCGUACCAUUGAAUGGUAUCAAAUUCUAUCGAUGACGCUAUUGUUGGUCACAAAUUAUUAUACUUUGUUCAAAUUGGCUAGGGACUAUCUAGUUUGCUGGAAGGUUUACAGAGCUGAACAAAUAGUCCAGGAAAAAACUCAAGCUGCCAUUAGCAAUGUUGCUCAAUAGACUGUUACUACUUAAUUAAGUUCCUUAUGUGAUUUUUUGAUACUGAGAAUAAAUUAUUUCUAUUUCUUUAAAAAAUCUUAUGAAGUGUACGUCAUAAAUAAUAAAUUGUUUUCUAGAAAAUA